AGCCGGACCAGGAAGUGGUACUAUCCAUUUCCUGCAACAACAAAAAAAAAAAUAUAUAAACAAGUUGGCGGUAAAGAUGGAGCCCGUGGAGAGCGGACUGGCGCCCAGCGACGACACAAACCAGGACUUCAGAGUCCCGGUGACGUCGAAGAAACAAGUGACGGGGCAGGUUAAUAAAUAUAAAGACAUUUUGAAGACGGCUCUUGACGGACAGACGGACGUUUCCGGGGAGACGAAGCGAGUGUUGCUGCAGGAGCUGCUGGCGAACUUCGAGGCGGCCGUCCAGGACAACGUGUUGGUGGACGGGCGGCCGUGGCAGGAGGCACCGGAUGCUGAAGCGGAGGACGAGGCGGCGGAUCUGGAAAGCCUGCUGGACGACACCAUCAUCGAGGCCACCAGGAGGCGCCGCACGUACCCGAAGAUGAUCCUGCCUCACGCGGUCCACGCCCUCAAAGCGGAGCGUAAACUCAUGGGUUUGUACGAGCAGGCGGUCAAACCUCAACAGGUGGUCCAAGACCCCGGGCAAGAGAGCCUCAUGAACGACUUGUCAGCAGCAGCUCCUGUGAUGGUGAAGCAGGCCAUCCAGGUCAUAAAGUCGAUCAACACUCUGCAGAAACAAGCCGAGGGCCUCUGUGAGAUCCUCGCCAUGCAGCCGAGUCGCGCCACUCUGGAGAUCCACCGAGAAGUGUUCGGCCGCGACGGCCAAUCGGACGAGCCGCCGCCGAGGAGCGGGCGGCCAAUCAGGAGAGCCGUGGAGGAGGCGGCCGCCGCGGGAUGCUACGUGGCUCUCCGGGAGAAACCGGAGGGCAAGCCAGAGUGACACUUCUGGACUCAAGUGCGUCGGAUGAAAUCAUAAACGCUUCUCUUGUUGUUCCUGUUUAAUAUUAUAUAUUUAAAAAAUUGCUCUCUUGCACUUGAGCUCAGAAACUUUGUCUUUACGGUUUUGCAAAAAUCAUUUCUGUUUUUACUUCAACACGUAUAUCACUAUGUAGUAAAAUCGGUAAAGCACA